GAAUGUGUUGCUGCAGACCUCAGAAGCCAUUUUGAGAUGAUGUCCCUGUUGAGAAAGCCUAGGAAGAUGCUGAAAUCAACGAACAUGGUUACAUUUCUGUCUGUUUCUCCCUCCGUCUCCUCUAUUUCACCAUGGCAGCUGUCAACCGACGGGACAUUAGCAAAGCGGGGUAUCAAGCUGUGCUCACAGAGUUAAAACGACAUUGAUAUGAAAGAGGAGAGUGUCUGUUUACUGUCUCUGUCGAGACAUGUAACACCGUGAGUUUUUUCCAGUCUGAAAUCUUCCAGCAUCUCUCACAACCCAACGUCUCCUUUGAGUGACUGAGUUAAUUCACUCUUGUACCGGGGAGAAGGGAGGCAGAUUUCCGUUUUCCAAUGGCUUCUGUGAGCCUUGUUUCCAGUCCCCCAGCCCCUGUUCUUGACAAAAACAUGACAGACUCUGAGCUUGCAGGGGAUGAAAGAGAGGAUGGCGAACUGGAGGAUGGAGAAAUAGAUGAUGAAGGAAUUGGAAUUGAAGAGGAAAACAAAGAGGCUACUGAGGUGAAUGAAGAGAAAGAGAAGGAAAAGGAGAAAGAAAAAGGAAAAGAGAAAGAUAAAGAGAAAGAAGAGAAGAGUCACAGGCACUCCAGGAAAAGAUACAAAAAGACAAGAGAGAAGAGGAGGUCCAAAAGGAGGAGGCGUGACAGACAGAAACACCACUCGCCCUCCAGCAGCUCCAGCUCGGACAGUUAUGACUCUGACUUCGACCGACCAGAACGGCCCAAAAACCGGAAGGGAUCUGAAGGCCAGUCCUCUCAGCAUGGAAGGGAUUCAAAGGGAGGCCAUGGCAACUCACAGAAGUCCCCACCGCACAAGAGCAGUGAUUUCGACAAAUACAGCGACUACAGCGAUGACAAGUAUGAUUACGACGAAGAGGAGGAGGAUUACGAGGAUGACAUGUCCGAGUAUCCGCCGUCAAAAGAUUCAGUUUCCCAGAGUCAGGGAAAGGGACGCCAUGCUAAAGAGCAGCUGAAGAGAGGAAGCAUGAGGGGGAUGAAACAACAGCAGUUUGGGCAGAGAGGACGGGGCAGAGGGAGUGGACCAGGAAGAGGACGGGGGAUGCUGAACAAGAACAAGAAGCUGAAAGGAAAACCAUGGGGAGGACGUGGACGAGGUCGAGGAGGAGACCAGGGCAUGGAAGACAUGCUACCUGAAGGAAAAAAUUCUUUAGGUUUUCAGAAGAAACGGCCAAUUAUGAGCAAAGAGUUUAUCAAUCAGCACACAGUUGAACACAACGGAAGAUACAUCUGCAAGUAUUUCCUGGAAGGUCGAUGCAUCAAGGGGGAACAGUGCAAGUUUGAACACGAGCUCGUCAUACCAGAUAAGAAAAAGGAACUUUGUAAAUUUUACCUCCAAGGAUACUGCAGUAAAGGAGAUAAUUGCAUUUACAUGCAUAAUGAAUACCCAUGCAAGUUCUUUCAUACUGGAGCCAAAUGUUACCAAGGGGACAACUGCAAGUUUUCCCACGAGGCUUUGAACGAUGUGACCAAAGAGCUGCUUGAUAAGAUAAUUAACACUGAGGAGGAGAACGCCCGCGAGGACGAGUUGGAGCUGGAGGAUCUGAGAAAGCAGGGUAUCGCCCCUCUUCCGAAGCCUCCUCCUGGGGUAGGGUUGCUGCCCACUCCUGGUCAGAGCAGUCCUACAGAUGGCCAAGCGGGGAAGAAGAUCCCCUCCCUGUUUGAAAUCAAAGUUCAACCGACUGUAGACUUGGCACAAAAAAUUAGCCUGAGUGGAUCCGGCUUCUCCCAGAAUCAAGGUGAAGGCACCAAUCAGUUCAGUGGAGGCUCAGAGGACAUGCAGAGUGGAGGUAUGGUGCCUUCAGGCCCCUCUGCCCCUCCUAUUCCUCCCCCUGGAUCACCUGUUCCCAUGGGUCACCCUACUGGACCACCCAUGCCACAGAACCCUCCAGGUCACGGAUUUCCAAUGCAGCCACCAAUCCCCCCUGGUCAACCCCCACCCUUCCAUAUCAACCCUCAGAUGAAUAUGCAGAGGCCUCCGUUCCCUCCGAUACCAGAUCUACAGAUGCUGCAAAGUCUUUUUCCUUUCCCAUCAAUGGGUCAGAACCCAGUAGACAUGUUCAGCAGCUUUCUCCGAAACCAGGCCAUGGGUCAACAAGGAGUAGACCCCGCUGUGGCCUUCGUGCAGAACCUCCAGCAGCAGAUGGGUGCAGAGUCACAGUUGCAGUCUUUACCACCAGCCGUACAGAAGGCCAUCUUCUUACACCUGACACAGCAGCAGCAACAACAGGAGUCACAUCCACAGGGGAAUGAGCCACAGAGAGCAGAGGGCCAGGAUGAUAAUUCAAACAGAGAUGAAACCACAAACUGGUACUCAAGUGACGAGGAGGAUGGAAGCUGUGUUUCUUCCAUCCUUAAAUCUCUCAAGAAGCAAAGUGAGUUGCAGCAGUCUCAGUCCAAGCCUCCCCUGGCUGCCUCAGUGGCUCCAGUACUGGGUGACCCUCGGCUUGUGAAGGAGAGGGCCCCACCCACUGACCCCCGUGUGAAGACGGACCCUCGACAGCGGCCCCCAGAUAUGAAAAAGGAGUCUGAUGGAGCUGCAGACCCACGGUUCUCCAGAGACCCCAGGAAGGUGAGACUUAUGGAGCAGAGUUCCUAUCGUCAGCAGAGCCAUCCUGUUCCUCAGAAGCCUCCGACAGGAGACGACGAUGAUGAAGGAGAGCGGGAGCUCAGGGACAAAGCUGUCCUCAUCCCUCUGGAUGCCAGCCCCGGUGUGGUGCUGCGGGACCCUCGUUGCCAGUUGAAGCAGUUUAGCCACAUACGGGUAGACAUCCUUCUUCAGCGGCCAGCCUUCGCUCAGACUGUGGUAUGGGCCCCUGAGGACCUCAUCCCGUCGCUUGUCCCCAAACAGGAACACUCCAUCAACCUGCCCCUUCCACCCCUCAUUGCAGAUGCUCAGAUGAACCGAGCAAACCUGCCUGACCACCCCCCCGUCUCCAGCCCUCCACCGUGUGACCCCAGACUGUCAGCUGCACGUUUGAAGGAGCGUAUGACUCGUUUAUCCUCUGGAUCUCUCGAGGCUCGAUCUUCUACUGAAAGACCUGUGGAUCCACGUCAGCAGAAAUCUCUGGACCCCAGACUCAAGCGUACAGGAUCUCUGGACUCCAAGCUUCUGGGUCAGAAAGUGCCCUCCUCAGGGGGAGGAGUUGUGGACCCGAGGUUACAGAAGACUAUCGCUACCUCCUCUCCUCAUGCUGUCCAAGUUAAGCCAGAGCCUGAGAAGCUGCCACCAUAUGCCCCUCGCUUGGCAUCAUCUGGUGGAGGGUUAGAGAGUCCCACUACAAUCCUUGGGGGCAUCAGUCUGUAUGAUCCUCGUAAUCAGAGCGAGCAGGCUCAGAAGGAGCCAGCAGAGCCGCCUAAAAAGACGUCAAUUCUGAAACUCCCGGCUAAGAAAGACAACACUCCGCCACUCUCACCAAGCCAACGAAGCGGCUCUUUCGAAGAGGCCAAAAGCACAGACGUUGCCUCAGACCAGCUUCCACCUUCCACAUCUCCCACAAUACCUCCUGCCUCACCUGUCAAACCCCCUGCAGUACAUAACCUCCCCAUCCAGGCCCUAGCCGGGCUGAUCCGACCCCAGUACACUGACCCCAGGCAGGCCAAACCAGGAGGACAGGGCUCUGCAGGAGCACAAGAAGAGGCAGAGGAGAAGAAGCAAGAGGAGAAGAAGCAAGAGGAGAAGAAGCAAGAGGAGAAAAAGCAAGAGGAGAAGAAGGAGCAGGAGGAGGCCAUGGAGGAAGAACCGAAACGGGACGACCCAGAGGAGGAGGAAGACGACAGGACACUUAAAGACGUGUUCAAGACUUUUGACCCUACUGCUUCCCCUUUCUGUCAGUAAACACCCCAGUGUGGAAAUAUAUCACAGAAGAUCUGUAUUUUGAUGAGAUGUGUCUAUUAAUCUUUAUUUAGCUUUACAUUAGCCUAUUUAUUUCUGUAUAUAAAUGAUCCUGUAUAAAUCACCUACUGUCAAGUGCACCACACGUGUCAGUAUGGAGGUGAUGUUAGAUACACAGACACAGUGUACAGCUACUUUUGACAUAUUAAUGCUGAAAUGUUUGUUUUGAAAGUGUGUGUUAAAGUAUUUUAUCAUUGUGUAAUUUUCAUGUAAACAAUCAGAAAAAAGGAAUUACGUUAACAUGUAAGGACUGAGCCACAUGGGUUCAUUCCAGGCAUUACACCCUGUAGAAUAGAUAAUUCACUCACUUCACAAGCAGAGAUAACGCUAAAUAAUCAAUCAAACAGUAAUUGUAAGAAAUCCCUUGAGAAUUUUUGUAUUUCCUUAUUUAUUUCACUUUUAUAUUAUGAGAUAUUUGUGUUCAUGCUCACUUUUUAUAAGGGAUUUUUUCACAAUAAGUCAACAGAUGUUUUCUUGAAUAUUUACAUUUUUACCACACAUCCUGCUUUGAGUUUGUGAGGUUAGAUAAUUAAACUAAAUUCUCUACAAUAUGAAAGAGUUCAGUACUCAACUGAGAAGAAAUGUGUCCUUUUGAAACAUUGCAGCCGUUCAAUUUGUGUUAUGUACAUUGUUGGACCUUUUUUCAUCUUUAAGUGAUCUAAAUGAUUUGAGGAUGUAAAGUUACUGUUGUAGGCUUUUUUUUACUUGUUGCCGUAACAGAAAUUACAUUCAAUUGAGUCAACUAAUAUUGAUUACUGAAUUUGUUUCGUCAUUAUCAUUCCUCAAAACACCCACUAAUGAAAAGCUUGUAAAUAUCACAUGUUUUUCAGCAAAAUAAGAAAGAAAGAAAUGUACUAUACAAAGAGAGAAAAUAUUGUCUUGGUCACAUUGUAUUGAUAUAUAUUAUAUAAAUGACCUUUCUGACUAUGUUUCUUGUUAAGUUUUGUUGGAGUUGACUGUAGAUGAACUAAAAAAAGGGUGAAUGUUGUGGACUUAAGGUGGCAUGAUGCUCAGCAGUUUGUAAUAUUUGACGGUUAAGCUUUAUAUAUUUUGUUUUUUAUCGUUUUCAUAAUUCACAUUGUAAAUGCCUAUUUUGUAUCACGUGUACAGUCUGUUUUUGAGUGUUUUAAUGAAUAAUUCUUUAUUUUUUCUGUCAGUUUGGUGGUUAUGAUUGUAAUAAUACUGUAUGACAUUUUAACAACACAUAUGCCUGUCACAUUUCAGUGAUUUUAUUAUGAUUAUCUGAAAUAAACAGAUACAACAUAAGGUAUUUUAUUUCACACAUCAAGUUGCAUUGUUUCAUUUUGGUGUGCAUAAAUGUAAAACACGUCCAGCAAUAUAUCAAAUUUUUGAGCUUCAAUCCUAAAUAUUUCAUGUCCUCCACCGUGCUGAAAUGUCCUUGAGCAUGACAGUCUGUGAAAAGCUCCCACUAAGGGUUGAGUGGGUUUCUAUGGAAAGAAAAAAAGAUCCUGCAAGCCAUAAUAUGAGAAACUUUCUCAAAAUGAUGAGAAGUUUUUCUCCAAAGUCAUUAUUUAAAAAAAAAAAAGUCAUUAUUUUGAGAUAUUAAGUCAUUAUUUCAAGGGUUUCUUAGUCUUAGUCAUUUUGAGAAAUUUUAUUUUAUUAAAUACUAAAUAAUUAUUUUGACAACAGAGUAU